CUCUCCGCACUCAAGAUGGCGGCGCCCAGCGGACUGGCGGCUGCGCCUGGGCUUCGCUGAGGCUCAGUCCCUUCCCCGCUCCCCUGCCGGGCGCGAAGCCCCGCGAGCCGAGAGGACGGGGGCCGGGCGGGGAUAGGGGCACCUGCGUAGCUGGACCGCGAGCCCGCGCCCAGCCUGCGCCCCCCCGCCCCGGCCCGGCCCCGCCAGCUCCCGGUCUCCCCUCGGCCAGACCCUGUGCCCGGGUGGACGCCAGCGCCUGGCCCUCAGAGCCGGGGCCUCUCCUCGGCCGCGGCUCACCUCGACUUCGGACAUGUUUGGCCUUUUCCCUCCGAAACAGCCCGCCUGCAAAACCGGGACUCGGGUACCUGCUUCAUCCUCAGACUCUCGAUUCUCCCCGGCUCAGAGGCGGCUCGUUUCCCUUCCAAAUUAGCCCCGACGCCGCCCACCCACUCCCCCCUUCCUGCGCACGACCACCCCGACCCCCGCCUCGACCUGGAGCUGGACCUCCCUCCGCUCCAACGCCCAUAAGCUCUACCAUGGAGGCCGUGUACCUGGUGGUGAAUGGGGUCGGCCUGGUGCUGGACGUGCUGACCUUGGUUUUGGACCUCAACUUCCUGCUGGUGUCCUCCCUCCUGACGUCCCUGGCCUGGCUGCUGACGUUCAUCUACAACCUGCCGCACACGGUACUGACCGGCCUCCUGCACUUGGGCCGCGGGGUCCUGCUUUCGCUGCUGGCCUUGAUCGAGGCCCUGGUGCGCUUCACCUUCGGGGGCGUGCAGGCCCUGUGUACCCUGCUGUACAGCUGCUACUCUGGCCUGGAGAGCCUCAAACUCCUGGGGCACUUGGCCUCUCACGGGGCGCUCCGGAGCAGGGAGCUCCUGCACCGAGGGGUCUUCAAUGUGGUCUCCAGCGGCCAUGCCUUGCUGCGGCAGUUCUGUGACGUCUGUACCAUUGCCAUGAGCCUGGUGGCCUAUGUCAUCAACAGCCUGGUCAACAUCUGUCUCAUUGGCACCCAGAACCUCUUUGCCCUGGUGCUGGCUCUGUGGGAUGCGGUGAUGGGGCCCGUGUUGAGGAUCACGGACGUGGUGGCCGCCUUCCUGGCCCACAUGUCCAGCAAUGCUGUUGCCAUGGCCAUCCUCCUCUGGACCCCCUGCCAGUUGACCCUGGAGCUGCUGGCCUCUGCCGCCCGCCUCCUGGCUAGCUUCGUGCUUGUCAAUCUCACCGGCCUGAUCCUGCUGGCUUGUGUGCUGGCGGUGACCAUGACAGCGCUGCACCCCAACUUCGCCCUGAGGCUCGCCACCCGGGCCCUCGAGCAGCUCCAGGCCCGGCCUUCCUACCACCGGCUCCGAGAGGAUGUGGUGCGGCUGUCUCGUUUGGCCCUGGGUGUGGAGGCCUGGCACCGCGUCUGGAGCCGCAGCCUGCAGCUGGCUAGCUGGCAGAACCGGGGAGGAGCCCCGGGGGCCCCCCAAGGUGGCCCGAGGAGGGUGCCAGUGGCCAGGACCUGGCAACAGGACACUCUUCCAGAAGCAGGCUCCAGCGUGGAGGCAGAAGAGGCGGAAAGGAGGCAGCCCCGGGCCACAGCAUCCCGCGGCCGGGAGAGACUCAAUGAGGAGGAACCAGCCGCCGGGCAGGACCCAUGGAAGUUGCUGAAGGAGCAGGAGGAGCGGAAGAAGUGCGUCAUCUGCCAGGACCAGAGCAAGACGGUGCUGCUGCUGCCCUGCCGGCACCUGUGUCUGUGCCAGGACUGCACCGAGAUCCUCAUGCAGCACCCGGUCUACCACCGGAACUGCCCGCUCUGCCGCCGGGGCAUCCUGCAGACCCUCAACGUCUACCUCUGAAGCUCUCGCUGCCACCCCGCCCACCGCGCCCUGCAGCCUCCCGGGAUUGGGCUGUGGACACGAGGGCCACGCCCUCCGGCUUCCGACCCCGCCUCCCGGGCCGCCCCCAGGAGACGGGGUUCGCCAGGGGUCUGCUGUCCUGCCCAGAGGGACCCCAUGCUGCUGCGGGUGGUGAGUGUGGACCAGAGCUUGAGACCUAGCCACGGGCUCUCCAGCCCACCCAGAUGCCAGCGUCGGGGUUCCCUCUCGGAGCAUCAGGUUUUGCUUCCGUGAGAGUGGGGGGAUUGGCAGGACGUCUCCUGCCCGCUCCCCACUUCCUUCCCAGCUUCUGCAGCCGCAGCACAUCAGUGUUAUCUGGGUGUCAGGACAACUCCCGGGCUUGGGCAGCAUCCUGAGCCUUUGUUUUCAGAGAGAACCUCUGAGCCUAGGCUUUGGGGCUCCCCUCUCAGGCGGCCCAAGCCACACCUCCCUAAGAGGUGUCCUUCCAGCCUGACUCCUCCAGUGGGGUCGUCCUGGUGGAGGGACAUGGACACUUGGCUUUGGGACCAAGGACCCUCCAGCACCCCCGUUCCACUGGGGGUUUCUGGAGGGACACCCAGAUUUCUCACCCGGCUUUCACUCCCCACCUUAGAGAACAGCCGCAUUCCUCCCUCUCGCCUCGACUCAGGGGCGCAGAUGGUCAUUUCACUAGGGUGCAGACUGGACAGGGACCAGGG